AUGCCAGCACUCCCUCUUCGCAAACGACUGCUGCAUAGCAUUCUCAAGUACGCCAAGCAUGUCCAGGCUUUGAGACAGUGGGUACUGGAGCUCCAGGAUGACCACAUGAGCUCUGUGGAGAGCUUCAUAGCCGUUGACGAAUUCGACCUGGAACCCUCCAACCAACGCCAGUCGGACCUCUCCUCCCUCUCCUCUGUUUCGUCCAUCUCAUGCCGCUUCCCAUGGAGUCAACUCUUCGAUGGAGUGGCCGAUGCACAAGAUGAGCUUUACCUUAAAAACCUGGCCCAGAUACGGGAACACAUCGUCUACCUGGAAAACACACGUGUUCUUAACCCCAACAUCAUCCAUAAGCUGUCUCAGCUUUAUCUUGUACUUGAGUUGUACAAGAAGGACGAUGAGAAAUGCUUUCGACACAACCUCCGCGUAUCGCCCGAAACUUUCGAUGAGAUUCUCAAGCGGAUUCAAGACCACCAUGUCUUCGUUAGCGAAGGACCUCAUGACCAGUUCCCCAUCGACAAGCAGCUAGUCAUCGCGCUCUUUUGGUUUGGCCACUUCGGGAAUGCAGCAUCAGUCGAGAGCGUUGGGCAAUGGGCAGGGGUUGCCCUUCACGAUGAAUACAUUCGUUGGCCGAGCGCUGCAGAGAAGGAGGCAGCAAAGGAGUGGGUGGAAGCAGCAUCAUGUGCAGCAUGGCGAGAUGGAUGGUUGCUUGUUGACGGGACGCUGGUGCCCUUAUCAGACAAACCAGGCUUCCAUGGCGAGGCUUAUUUCGAUCGCAAAUCAAACUACUCGCUCAAUAUACAGCUUAUUACCCUUCCCAACCUUCGUAUCAUCGACUAUGUCAUCGGCCACACUGGAAGUUGUCACGACUCGACCGCAUUCGCUGGCUCGUGUGUAUACCGGCAUCAUGCAACUCUACUGACAGGGCGCGAAUGGAUCUGGGCUGACUCAGUGUAUCCUAUCGAGGCAUGGUGUGUAACGCCAUUCAAGAAGCCAGCAUCACUACUGCAGGACAACAAAACCUUCAAUUUCUGGGUCUCCCAUGUUCGCAUUCGAUCGGAGCAUGCCGUCGGAUACCUGAAGGGCCGAUGGCAAAGCCUGAGAGGUCUCCGCCAGCAGAUCAAGAAUGCAGUAGAUCAUCAAUGA